AUGGAUCAGUUCCGGGCCUUAGCGGAACACCUCCUUACAAACCAACUAACGGAGGCAUACCUCGAGCUUCCUACACGGGCCUAUACCGUCCGGCGAAAUCGACUCGUCAAAGAGGGCAAGUGGCAUUGGCCGGCCGUCUUCCGCUAUCUAGACAAGACAACAGCGCUACUCGAGUCUAUUCUAGCGAUCCUAUAUACGACCGGUGGCCAGGUCCCGCGUGCCCCUGAGAUUCUGAAUCUAGAAUGUGAGAAUACCACGUCUACCGAGAGGGGAGUCUAUCUCUACAGAGGCUCUGUCAUCUAUCUGACUCGGCACUAUAAGGCCAAGCUGACGAACAACCGGGAAUUCUACGUGGCACGUUUUCUCCCGUCCCGGGCAGGCCAUAUCGUAUUCUACUACCUCGCCUAUAUCCGCCCCUUUGUGGCAAUGCUCCAGCAAGAGCGAGCAAACACCGGAUUAGCCCUAGCUCCUAGUACCUUACUCUUCCAUCCGUACUCGGAGGCAGAGCCUACAAAGGCCUAG